AUGGAAGGUGGAGGAGAGGCAGGCUCGCUCACGCCGACCUCCGCCGACGACCAGUUACUCGAGCAACAAGGGGUUAAACGGGAAAAGGACAAGCCGUACAGGUGUGACCACCCGGGAUGCGAACGCUCGUUCUCCUUCCCCGCACACCUCCGUUCUCACAUCCAACAGAUCCACAUCUCGUACCGGCCGUGCAAGUGCGAGUUUCCGGGCUGCGGGAAGAGAUUCUACACUCCUCAACACCUAAACGUCCACCGCAGGGUCCACACGGGCGAACGGCCCUUCGUGUGCCCGUACACCGACUGCUGCAAAGCCUUCACGACCGCCGGGAACCUAAAGAACCAUAUACGGACACACACGGGCGAGCGGCCGUACGCCUGCAAGUUCGAAGGCUGCACGAAACGCUUCGCAGAGAUGUCCAGCCUCAAGAAACACGAACUCACACACACGGGCGAGAAGCCGUAUACGUGUAGGGUGUGCGGGAAGGCAUUCUCGCAGGCUGGCAGUCGGAACACUCACGAGCGGAAGCACAACCGAAGCGAAGGCGAAGAGGUGGUCAACGAGGGAAAGGUGGGGCGCAGAUACCGCAUAAAGAGAAUUGCAGCUGCCUCCAGCCCCAACUCCAAUCACGAUUAG